UGUGUCGCUAAGUAGAGCAGAAAUUAUCAUGGGCAGAAAAGUGCUUUUGUUCCUGAUUGUGGGGGUCCUUGGUGCACGGUACCUGUACAUACCCCUGCCAGCCAACACCGAGCAGCCUUGGGUAAUUAUGUGUGUGGAAACACAUCUAAAGAUUAUGUCAAACUUGAUGCUAUUUGCUGAGCUACUGGGAAUCAGCCAUUACAUGACCAGUACCAAUUUUGCUGCGAGCUUUCUGGAUACCCCACCCACUUCUGAUGAAAAUGUCUCUGUGGUAGAAGCCACUUUCCACAACAUCCCUGUUCGUGUCUAUGUGCCAAAGCAGAAGACUAAUACACUCAGAAGAGGCAUAUUUUAUAUCCAUGGUGGUGGUUAUUGUUUGGGAAGUGCUGGUUUUUAUAACUUUGACCAUCUGUCAAGACGAACUGCGCACAGACUGGACGCUGUGGUCAUUUCCACCAACUACCGACUAGCACCAAAAUAUCACUUUCCAGCUCAAUUUGAAGAUGUUUAUAAUUCACUGAGGUGGUUCUUGAGUGAAGCUGUUCUUCAGGAAUAUGGUGUGGACCCUACAAGGAUUGGGGUGUGUGGAGACAGUUCUGGAGGGAACUCAGCAACUGCAGUGGUCCAGCAGCUUCAACAUGAUCAAGAUGUCAAAGUCAAAGUCAAAGUCCAGGCUUUGAUCUAUCCUGCCCUUCAGACUGUGGAUUUUGAUUUACCAUCCUACCGUGAAAAUGCACACUCUCCAAUUCUGAACAGGUGGCUCACACUCAGAUUCAUGAGUGAGUAUUUUACUACAGACAGAUCCCUGGAGAAAGCCAUGACUACCAACCAGCACAUACCUGAACAUGCAGCUCACCUCCUCCAGUUUGCUAAUUGGAGCUCCCUGCUGCCUGAGCGCUUUCAAAAAGGACACGUUUAUAAGAAGCCAACUUUUGGCAGUUCCACCCUAGCGAAGAAGUACCCAGGGUUCCUGGAUGUGCGGGCAGCCCCACUAUUGGCAGAUGACACACAGCUGCGUGGCUUACCCCAGACCUAUGUGCUCACCUGUCAACAUGAUGUCCUAAGAGAUGAUGGGGUCAUGUACGUCACCCGCCUUCGGAAUGUUGGGGUUCCAGUGACUCAUGACCACAUUGAAGAUGGAUUUCACGGAUUAAUUUCUACUGGACUGAAGGUUGGAGCUAGAAUGGAAAACCAGUACAUCAAUUGGCUAAGUGAGAAUCUCUAGCAAGAAUCUGAGCAGCGGUUGUGAGAAAUUGAAAUUGUUUAAGUGAGACAUUAGUGGGAAUCAAAGAAUUAAUUGGUGCGUGAGGCUAUGUUUCACCUCUGG